AUGCCUCUCUGGCUGAUCUUCCACCCCGAGGGUACCUUCGAAGACGUUGCGUCCAAAGAAGCCCUCGCAGCCGACAUCACCAAAAUCUACACAAGCGUUGGUCUUCCGGCGUUCUACGUGGUCACAAACUUCAUCAAGAUGCCUGAAAGCACCAUGUUGGUGGGCGGCAGGGUGAUCAAGAAGGAAAAGCCGUUCAUCCGACUCGCGAUUGAGCAUAUUGCUGUGACCCUUCCCAACCAAGACGAAGAGUACAAAAGGGUUGCCAACGCGGUGGAUAUUUGUCUCAGACCGCAUGUUGCGGACAAGGGAUACGAUUGGGAAUUUCAUAUUGACGAGACGGAGAGGAGGCUGUGGAAGAUAAAUGGAAUGUUUCCUCCGGCUUUUGGAAGUGAGGGCGAGAAUCUCUGGUUCAGGAAGAACUUGCCAGUGCCUUUAUUAGAGAAGGGGAAUCUCUGA